CUUGUUUAUUUCCUGUAGCCAAACCACAAAUGAGAAGUCAAUGUCUCUGCAGCAUCAACCUGUUUUAGGCUAACAACACACAUUCAAAAGGGCUGUAACCGUUGGACACACCCCUGUGAUACCACUUAACUCUGAGUACAAACUCACACAACAGAAAUGGGGAAGAAACGUUUGAGAAAGCUGGUCAUUCUCCGAGGUCUGCCUGGAUCAGGAAAGACAGACAAAGCAAAAAAUGGGGAAGAAACGUUUGAGAAAGCUGAUCAUUCUCCGAGGUAUGCCUGGAUCAGGAAAGACAGACAAAGCAAAAGCUCUGUCUGAAAUGUAUGAAGAUGGGGUUAUAGUGAGUACGGAUGAUUACUUUAGAGAUUAUCCGGGUGGCAAUAUAGUCAACUUUGAUACCAGAAAGCUCUGGAAAGCACAUGAAGAGGCACGGGAGAAGGCUUUGGAUGCUAUGAGAAGGAAAAUAAAUCCAGUCAUCAUCGACAACAUCAAUAUAGGCUUUUGGGAGAUGUAUCCUUAUGUUUUAAUGGGUUUUCAUCGUGGAUACUUCAUUGAGUUUGUUCCUAUGAUGGAUUAUACCAUCGAGGAAUUAUACGGGUUUAAUAAAGGAAGGAUCCGUUACGAGAAGUUUGAACAAUGGGAGUCCUCCUACAGGAAUGUCAAACACAUUUAUCAAAUUCUGUAUGAGAAACACUCACUACGCAAAUGGAAGAACAAAAAGGAGAAACUAGAAAACCGUUGGUAACAUGGAAUGGGACAGGAUUACAGGAUAUAAUCUCUUUCCCAAAAUGUAAUAAAGAUAAUCACAUUGUGAUUUACAUAUAGUA